CGAGCGCGAGAAGCGAUGCGCGGGAGAAGAGUGCUACGAAAAUGUCUAAUAAAAGUCAUAAAACUGGAUAAGAAUCUUAUAAUAAACAACUCUGAACGACACGCGGGAAAACUAGUUUUAUACUUUAACUCACUGCAGUUGACGAAUUAACCAGCAAAUGCAAUUUUAACGUCUCAUGUUUCUCAUUUGAGAUGAUGAUACGUGAGGAGAAACUAACGGAUGACAGAGAUGAGGCAGACAUACCGAAGCAAGCACGCGAAAGUGAAUUAACUUAACGUUACUGUAAUGAGCCUCAUGUGAAAGUGAGGCAGGCUCAACAGAUUUCAGACAGACAGACAAACAGAGCCAGAGGAGAAACAUAGACGACUUCGUCAGGUUUCCAUGAAGCUCUUAUGGGGCGCUGCAGGGUGCUGGAGCACACAGUGGCUGCGACUGUUUUUGUUGGACUUUGUCCUGUAAGGUACACAGAUUCUGUCCUAAUGUGGAGAUAGGGAGAGACGGACAGACGGUCUUCUGUGAUCCUGCAUGAGUGGCCUAAUUUCUGGAGAUGGAGAAAAAGACCAAAAUAAAGCAAAUGCAGGACAAAGACCCCAAUGAUGUCAAAGCUCCAUCUGAACAGCGUCUGACCGUCGGUCUGAUCAGUGCUGCAUUCUUUGGCGCUCUGGGUUCAUCCUUCCUGUAUGGCUAUAAUCUGUCUGUGGUCAACGCACCUGCCACUUACAUAAAGACCUUCUACAAUAAAACAUGGAUGAGCCGGUAUAAUGAGCCAAUAGGAGUUGAGACAGUCACUCUGCUGUGGUCGAUCACAGUGUCUAUCUUUGCCAUUGGUGGACUGGUGGGGGCGCUGAUGGUCUCUUUACUCAUCAAGGUGUUGGGCAGGAAAGGAACACUUUUGGCCAAUAAUGUUCUCGCACUGACUGCUGCACUCCUAUUGGCUCUUGGGGAGAUGGCCGGCUCUUUUGAGAUGCUCAUUAUUGGUCGUUUCAUCAUUGGCAUGGACUCAGGUGUGUCUUUGAGUGUUUUGCCGAUGUAUCUUGGUGAGAUUUCCCCCCGGCAAGUUCGUGGUCUCAUUGGUCAGUUUCAUGCCAUCUUCAUCUGUCUGGGUGUUUUUAUUGGACAGGUGUUAGGCUUACCUGAAAUAUUUGGACAGGAAAGCAGAUGGAACUUCCUCUUCGCGUUCCUGGCAGUUCCUGCAAUCCUGCAGUUGUGUGUUCUGCCCUUCCUGCCAGAGAGUCCAAGAUUUCUGCUGAUAGAACGACGGGACGAGGCUCGAGCGGAGAGAGCAUUUCAGGUUUUUCUGGGUCGUAAGGAUGUGUCUCGUGAGCUGGAGGAGGUCCAUGCUGAGAGUCGAGCUCAGAACACGCAGCGGGCGGCGUCUGUGCUGGAGCUCUUCCGAAAGCGAGCGGUCCGCUGGCAGCUCAUCACUGUCAUCGUGGUCAUGAGCUGUUACCAGCUCUGUGGACUCAAUGCUAUCUGGUAUUACACUAACGGGAUCUUUGAGGAUGCUGGAUUCACAAAGUCCCUCAUUCCAUACAUCACGCUCAGCACGGGCGGCAUCGAGACGCUGGCGGCCAUCGUAUCGGGUUUAGUGAUAGAGAAAGUUGGUCGCAGACCGUUAUUAAUUUUUGGCUUUUCAGCGAUGGCCGUUUGCUUCAGUCUUCUGACAGUCUUCCUGAAUUUCCAGGAUCGAUUUUCAUGGAUGCCAUAUCUCAGUUUUGUCUCCAUCCUCGCUCUGAUUGCUUCCUUCUGCUCUGGCCCAGGUGGCAUCCCAUUUGUUUUGACGGGUGAACUGUUCGAACAGACGAAUCGUCCGGCCGCGUUCAUGAUCGCUGGAACUGUGAACUGGCUGUCAAACUUUGCUGUAGGAUUGCUCUUCCCCUUCAUACAGGAGGCGCUACAGACGUUUGCCUUCCUGCUCUUUGUUGUGGUGUGUGUGGCGGGUGCAGUUUAUUUGUUCAUCAUUCUACCAGAGACCAAAAACAGAACUUUUAUGGAGAUCAGCCAAAGUUUCGCCAAAAUCAAUCGAGUCUCGGAUCAGACUCCUGACACGGAGAUGCAGGGGGCUCUGAAGUGCACCGGACACCUGCCGCCCGACAUACACGCUGCCAACGGGGUUAAAUAUGACUGUGUGGAAAUGGAAAGCUCCUUCUGAUGGAGCGAUCAUGUUCCAUGAUAGCACAAUCUCACAACAUUCAUCCAGAGCCAAUCUGACUUUACAGGGUUCAAAUAAUCAUCAGUAGAUCUUCAUUUUAUAUCAUAAUAUCUCUUUGUUUUAGUCUUUUUUAUUUGACAGUUUAGAUAAAGAAAAUUUUCAGCAUUUCAUUCUUGAUAUUAUUCUGUAAAGAUUAAAUUCCUCAGAAAACAUAGCGUUUAUACUUAAUGCUUGUAGUGUUUUUAUGUUGUUUUUGAAAGCGCGUUUAUGUGGUAUGUGUCAUAAAUACUGAUGGUCAUUUAAUCUCCGUCAGUAUUGACUCUGAAAUGAUUGUGGUGAACCUCUUGGAAUAAAACUCAUCCAUUCCAGUGUGUGUAGGUUAAGGACACUUGAUCAUUAAAGGUGCCAAAGAAUGCAUUGAAAUAAUGUGUUAAAUUGUUCUUUGAUAUUUACAUAGAAGGUAUGUAACUUUAUUAAGUGCAAAAAUGAUCCUGAAUCAUACAACCCUAGGAUUUGUUUUUAGAAUUAAAUGGUCUCUAUGGUCUAUGCCCUUUUUGGAAGGGUCAUGAAUAAUUAUAUUGAGCUCUGCUCUGAGGCUCAUACCAGUAGCUCACAUUAGUAAACAUAUAUUAUAUGUUUAAGCCAGUAUCAGAAAAAAAUACAGAUUUAGAGGAACAACUAAUUGUUUGGAGAUUGUUAAUGGGUGUUUCUGAGUGGUAGUUUUUUUUUUUUUUUAGUGUGGACCUGCAAACGUAACCGUAACGUCAAUAGUAGAACUUAGGGGUGUAACGAUUCAUUCGUUUUCUCGAUGCAUCGAUUACAAAUCCUGCCGAUGCAUAUGCAUCGAUCUUGAAACCUGGAUUUUUGAAUCGUGAAUCGUUUGUUUCGAUUUUAUAUUAAAAAUGAUUAUAUAACAAAUACGAUGGAUAAUAAAAAAAUAUAUAAAUCUUAAAUUAGUUACAUCUGCGACGUAAAAUGCGCACCCACUGCAGUGGCGCAGUGGAUUACGUCACUAAUCUUCAAUUCGCGGCAGGCCUGUUUGCUGUCAUUUGAAUAAACGCAGCAGACAGUGCACAAAUGGAGGGACACGAAGGAGAAAUUUGCAACCCACCAGCCAACAUGAGAUCAAAGGUUUGGGAUUACUUCGGUUUUCACAAAGUAAGUGGCAAGAUUGACAAGUCCGUUGCAGUUUGCAAACAUUGUAAAUCUGAGUUAAAAUACUUUGGAAAUACAACGAACCUUAGCAACCAUCUCCAAAGACGCCAUCCCAUUAAGAUAGACAUACCUGCACCUAAAGCAGCUAGUAUUUCAGGGUCAGACGUGAGAAGUGCUACUCACACUUUGCUGUAUUUACACACUUUGCUGUAUUUCCUAAAUGUUCAGGAAAUGUAUUCAAUGUUUACAAUAAAAGCUUAUGGUGCAUUGAA